GCAGGCAGGCCGGCUGCAGACUGCUGUGGCAUCUAGGUAUGACUCACUGUCUUCAGCAGGUGCAGUUUGGGGAGGCUCAGUGAGAGCUUGCUGGAAGACAUGACCUCCUGAGUAGAAGGCAAACGAGCUCCUACCAAAGAACUCAGACAGGCAUCUCUCUCAGUUUGGGGAGCUGAUUGCAACUGUCUAUCAGAGAUGCCUCUACAUGCAGUGCAGAUGAACUCCUGACAGUACGAAAAGCCCUCACAAUUUCUGAGACGCAGAGACAGCUUUCAGGAAAGCAAGUGAACCAGUGCUGAUAAGAGGAAGAAAAGGAUGCUGCUGUGCCAGACCACUGUGUUGCUCCUUCUCCUCCAGAACACCUCGGCUUGUCAGGACCUCACCUGCUUCGCAGACUAUAUCCAGACACUGGAAUGCACGUGGGGAGGCGGAGUUGGCCUCACUCGGAGGGCUCUGUACAACCUCACCGCAAACUGGGACUGUGGAGAGGGAGGGAGCUGCUCCUUCGGCCUGACCACCAGCAACGCCACGCACGCACACUACACCUGCUUCUUGGAGCAGAAGUUGUGCUUUGGCAACAACGUCUUCGAGGUCAGCAUAAGGAGGAGGGUGCCGCCUGCGGACGAGCCUUCUCGUCUUCUCCCGGGGUGCAGGAAGAGCUUCGUCUUCCAAAACCACAUUAAGCCGCACCCACCGAUCCACCUGGCCGCAGCUGCUUCCCUCGCUGGCUACAACAUUUCUUGGGAGACGCGGUACCUGGAGCCCAAGUACAACUUCCUGGAUGGCAGCCUGCAGUAUGAGUUGCGGUACAAGAAAAAAGGCCACCCUUGGCAGGGGCAGAGCCAGAAAUCUCUUUUGCAAGACCUGCGGAGCGUGUGGCUCUUGCCCCAGGAGUUUGAGGAGAAUAUGGAGUAUGAGUUCCAGGUGCGAGCAAAGCCAGGGCAACGGUCUUCUUACCAGGGAAUGUGGAGUGACUGGAGCACCCAAGCAGCCCUCAAGACAUUGUCCCACGCCCCGGAGCCUGGUGGAGUCCAAUGGCUAGAGGUGCUUUUACUGGUGCUCAGCUUGAUUGCUGCCCUUGUGGCCUUCCUGGGGUGGCACCAGAGGUUGUGGAAGAAGCUGGACUGUUUCACCCCCAGCCCAGCCCCCUUCUUCCAGCCUCUCUACCUGAGCCACAAUGGAGACUUCAAGAAAUGGGCGGGCACCCCAUGCUCCGGAGCAACCCUAGAUGCGUUUGAGUGGGGCGUAGUUGUGCCAGAAAUAUUUGGGAUUGGACCCAAGCACCUUCUCUUGAGUUGUGCCAAGGGGGAUUGGACUGAUGGCCAGAGUCUGCAGCCCCUGACGUCGGUCCCCUUCCUACCGGAAUGUUUGCAGGACUCUGCCACAGACCAUGGUGCCACGUGGGAGCAGGGUUAUGGCCGCCUCUCCAUUGGCACAGUCACGGUGGCUGAGGAAUUUGCAGCCUGUUGCCCCCAGUGCAGCAGUGCCAGCCCGUGUUGUGCUCUUGAGGAGCUGUGGGAGGAGGUGGAAACAAGGGAGAGGGAUGCCUACCGCGGGCUGCAGUUGGGCAGCUGCAGCAGCAGCAGCUGCGGCCUGGUCUCCAGAUGUCUGCUGCAGGGGAACAAGGCGCCGCUGCGGGACUCCUUUCCACCUGGGCCGGCCUCCUGGGCAAGCGACCCUUCCUCUGGCUCCCCCUCGGGGGGUCCAGAGGAGUUCUUGGGCCUGCUGCCGGUCACCUCCCUCCUGAGCCCUCGCCUUUUGGCCCCGGCAGAGGAAGGCGUCUUCCGCAGGGCCCCACCAUUGCCUGACUGGGACGGGGAAAGCGACCCCAUCGGCAGCCUGGAUCUAGACACCAUUGACAGCGGCUUCGCAGACUGCGACUGCAGGAGCUCCGGGGACGGGGAGCUCGCAGAAAUGCCAGCAGGCUGCCGUUGCCAGUCUGAGCUUAGCCCUGUUGGGGAGCCCGAAGGAGAGGCCUUUCUGCUGCCGAGAUACGUCAAGCAGUGGAUUUAGUCCCACUGUAUUUCGGGACUCAGGUGGGCCGGACAGGGGCUGAGUACCAGCUCAGCCUUACAGCACUCCACGUCUCUGCCAGCCCUCGCAGGAUUCCGCUGCACCAGAGGCCUGGGCUGGAAGGUGCUUGCCUGCCUGAAAAGAAUUUCUUUCUGUGCAAAAGCGUUGCUCUGGAAUGCAGGAAUCGGGUCUUGGGGCACCAAAGAGAAAUGGGAGGGGGAGCAGGGCUAAACCCCAGGGUCCCCUGCCUGUGAACCGCAUCUGUCCUGAGAGGCUCCCUGCCUUUGGCAACCCAGGGAAAAACAGGCAGUUCCUCUCUUGGUCUUUCCUCCUUCCUUUAGGGCAAGCUGCGGUUAGACCGUGAGCCGCUCCAGGCCUUUUGCUUCUGCAACUUUUGCACAAUGUUUGGUUGAUAUAGAUGCUUAAAAAGGAAGUCUGUCCUAUACAAAUCAGGGUUCCA